CAUUUUACCAUUAACUCUGAUUUCAUAAGUUGGAUGUUAUUAUAUAAACCAAGACUAGUCUCAAUCUAAUAUUUUGUAGUUUAUUUACAGUCUAUAGUCAUCACCAGUCAUCUAAUCUCAUCAAACUGUUUGUCCAGAUAAUCAUCAUCGUUUGACCAUGAUCUUCAUUGAUUUUUGACAAAUAAUUAAGUAAACACUUAAUUUUCCCAUUUCUCUUAUUAAUUGGUAUUUUGUUUGAUUUUCAAAUUGUUUAUUUUCAUCUCAUUCUUGAAUUACAUUGACAGACUUCAACAGCAUUUAACAACUUUGUCAGCUCCAAGUUGAAUUAAGUUAACAAAAAUGGAUUCAUACAUUAAAGGCUAUUUCUGUGAAAAGGACAUUGCUGAUGACUGUGACAAGAUAAUUAGUGCUGUUAAAUGUGACAAAUUGAUUCACGCCGAGAAAACCAAAUACCAAGAUUUGGUUGUUUUUGAAAGUGAUGUUCUUGGACGUUGUCUUGCCCUGGAUGGAGCCAUGCAGUUAACAGAAAAGGAUGAAUUCUCAUACCAAGAAAUGAUUUCCUUUCUUCCUCUCAACAGUCACCCCAAUCCUAAGAAGGUGUUGAUUGUAGGUGGUGGUGACGGUGGUGUUAUCCGUGAAUGUCUGAAACAUCCAAGUGUAGAGUCAAUCACUCUAUGUGAAAUUGAUGAAAGAGUGGUUGAAGUUUCCAAGAAAUAUCUUCCCUUUAUGGCCUCAUCAUUCAACGAUCCUAAAGUAAAGGUUUUAAUCGGUGAUGGAUAUGCUUAUAUACGGGAAAAUAAGGACGCCUUUGAUGUAAUUAUAACUGAUUCAUCAGAUCCAAAAGGACCAGCUGUGUCUCUUUUCCAGAAGGAAUAUUAUCAAUCAUUAAAGGAAUGCCUUCGAAGUGGUGGAAUCAUUGCCUGUCAAGCUGAAACCAUUUGGUUUCAUUUGCACUUGAUUAAGUUUCUUUAUGCAACUGCUUCCGAGUUAUUUGCAUCGGUUGCUUAUGCCUUAACACUGGUUCCGACGUAUCCUUCAGGCCAGAUUGGAUUUCUUUUAGCUUGUAAAGAUAAAAAGAUCAAUUUCGGUGAGCCUAUCCAUAAGUUAACCGAUGAACAAGUUGCUGAAAUGAAAUUGAAAUAUUAUUCAACUGAAAUACACCGAGCUUCAUUUGUAUUACCAAAUUUCGUACGAAAUGAGCUGAAAACUGAAACUCAGUCUAAAUAAGAUUCCAUUUGUAACUAUUAACAAGCGGUAAUAUAAGUUACAAGUAUGAUAGUGGCACUGUUUUUAUCUUCCUUUUCCUUCUGUUUUCAUUUCAUGAUAUCACCCCCAGUCUCUUUUAUCUCCAAUGCAGCAUCCAUACAGCCAUUAAUCAGCUAUCGGUUCAUCUGUCAAUAUGUAUUAAUUGUCACAAUUUAUCCAAGGAAUCUGAUACAAAACAUGAUAAUUUAUAGUUAAAGGUGUGCAAAUACAUAAUUGAAUUGUAGGGAAAGAUUAAAACUAACAUUUUUAUAAUCAGAUUGAAAAAUUUACAGAAAUCGAAAUGUGAGCUCCAUGACUUUUUUUGCAAACCCAUUAUCAAUGAUUAAAAACAUUGUGCAACUUGAAA